ACUCAGCGCCGACCACACGCAUGAUUUCAAACUCAACGUGAGUUGAGUUAUUAGUCUAUUAUGCCUGGCUCGCGGAUAGUUGCAAUCUAAUUUUCGAUCGAUCGCCUAUAUACCCAAUGUGCAUAUUCCGGAAUAAAUUUACCACAUAGCUAGUUGUAACCAGUGAUAUCGACAUGGAUUUAUAAUUAUCAAAACAUAGUUAAAAUUAAUAUAUAAAUGACCUACAUACUUCAGUUAAUCGUAAUCGUAUAUACAAGUUUUUAAAAUUUUGGUUAAAUAACAGAUAUGACAAUAAAUUCGUAUAAUAAAGUUAUGUGCAUUCAAGUUUAAGUGCCCGCAAUGCCCUUGAACUUACGUUGAUAUAACAUAGAAAUUAAAAUUGUACUGCAACUGUAAUAAGUUUUUCAAUUUAAAGAAUUUGGAAUGGGUCCCGCACAAAGAGAAGUCGAAGAGGCUCUUAUGAUAAUUAUAAAUAUUGUAAAUGUUGCCUAAUUGAACAAGAAGAAAAAAACAAAACAAGAAUAAGUCCGAUGGCAAACACAGACUUAACCCAAUCGCGGUCUUCCUCGCCCAGUCAUCAACAGGACGAAUCAAAUUCAGGCGCUCGCGCUCCAAGUCUAAAGCCGCAUUUCGUGACUGGCACCUAUCCCCUUCGCGGAUCGCUUGGCAGCACCGGCUGUGGGUCAACCAAUACGACAAUCCCUCGGCAGACGCCUCCUCAGGUGACCACCAUGGCCUUGGAACAGUAUCGCUUGCAGUUGUACAAUUAUGCACUUAACAUUGAGCGUCUAAGGUGUCCCCAAUACGCGUCUGCUGCGGGAUCGGGCGUUGGCUCGACGGCAUUGCCCACUUGGCUACAUCCAUACAGCUCUCACUGUGCAGGAGCUGGAAACCGUCUGGCAACGCUAUCGACGAUCUCGCUGUUCCCUCAGUCUCAGCGCAUUUUUCAGCCAGAGGAGCCAAAGCCACAGCACAGCUAUAUUGGACUUAUUGCAAUGGCCAUUCUGAGCUCCGCUGAAAUGAAACUAGUGCUUUCAGAUAUUUAUCAAUAUAUUUUGGAUAACUACCCGUACUUUCGGACCCGUGGGCCCGGCUGGAGGAACUCGAUCAGGCAUAAUCUAUCCCUAAACGACUGCUUUAUCAAAUCUGGGCGCAGUGCGAAUGGCAAGGGCCAUUACUGGGCUAUUCAUCCCGCCAACAUGGAUGACUUUCGCAAAGGUGACUUUCGGCGACGGAAAGCCCAGCGCAAGGUGCGCAGGCACAUGGGGCUCUCCGUUGAUGAUGCCAGCACAGAUUCCCCGAGCCCGCCUCCAUUAGACUUAACCACACCACCACCUCCCGCCGCGCAGGCAUCAAUGCAGCUCGCUGCCCUGAACUAUCCCUACCAUCAACAAUACAUUGGUCAGUUCUUUGGUCGCAGUGUCGUUGGUGCUUCCCAUCCCCCCUGCAAUCUGCCCCAAUACACGGCUGCAGCCACAGCUCUCCAGCGGCAGCAGAUCCACAUUCAGCAGCAGCAGCAGCAGCAGCAGCAGCCAGAGCCAAGAUUGGAUCCAAGCUAUCAGCUAUCACAGCACCCGCACCCACAUCAGCAUCUGCCACAAUCCCAUCAUCAGCAUAUAGCUUACAUCAACUCUACAACGACGACCACAAUUGCAAAUCUGUAUUCGCAGACGCGAAAACGCCAGUUUGAUGUCGCCUCGCUUCUUGCGCCAGAUGUGCAGAUUGUGGAUAUUGUUGAAGAUGAGGACUCAUCGACCCAGACCCAGCAUACGGUUAUCACAAAGGUACAAGUAAAAAAACAGCAAAUGAUCCACCGCGAAUUGGUUGUGGAGCGACAAAGUCCCAGCACUAACCCAAAUACUGCUGAUGGCGAUGUGGAUGCAGAUAUUGAUGUUGACGGAUUUGGUGAUGGAGACGUUAAUGAGUUGCAAGGCCAGGAUGCAGGGCAACACCAAAAGCACAUGAGCCACCCAUUAAGAAGCCAAGUCAUUCAGCAUAUGCUCUUGCCUGAUGACACUAAUUCGUACCUUAGCGAUGCCAGGCAAUCCAUAUUCGAUGCGGACAUUGAAGAGCAGGAGCCCCACAAUUUUUCAGUUUCUGUUUCUGUUUCCCCGCCAUUGGACAGCUCGGCGGCGAGCAGUAGCCAACAGGACUCGAAUUCUUUAGAGGAAUGCCCCCUAGCAGCGGCUUCUGUUCCAGGACUAUUGAGCGAAUCGGCCACACCAGCACACACAUCGCCGUUGGCAAUGGCAAUGUCGCUGCCAAAUGCCUAUGUGGAACUUAAUAGUGUCGAUCCCCAGCUCCUGAGCAAAUACUACGACACAUAUAUGGCAGCAGCAACUCGUCGAGCUAGUCUGGAAGCAUCCAGAGCCCAAUCGAAAACUAUGACCACUCCCCCGCCUAUAGAACUGUUACCUAAUAAAUCUUAAUCCAAGUACCGUUUGGUCAAGCCAUAAUAUUCGACACUGGAAUACUAUACAUAAGUAGACACUGAUCCCACCCGGUAAUGAUGAAUGAAUUAAGAAUAUGUUACUCGCAGCCCAGUAAAAGAGGACUCGUGAGAAUAAAAAUGUUAGCUCUCAUAAGUGCAGAAUACUUGUGAAAAUAAAGUCUUUAAAUAAUGUUUCCGUUUAAAGGGGGCUCUCUUAUCUAGUUAAAGAUAGUUAAAUCCCAUUUACUGAUGUCAUCCCUUGUCACAACACACGUAAAGCAUAAAUAAAAUCCUUAUCCUAACCUUUUUAUGUCGAAAA